AUGGCCAAUAGGCAAUGGCUGCAGUUGUGGACAUCUUCGUUGGCCAGGCCUGGAGCGGUAUCCCUUGAUUUGAAGCCGGUGCAGCCCCUGGUGCAGUGGCCCCAUUCUCUUUUGACAGUCACCUCGGAACUCAGCUCCUCCUUACGGGAUGGGUCGAGGGCAAAAGAUGGGUUGAUUUCUUCAACCCUGAGUCCCAAUCUGUCGAAUGGGCUACUCCAUGGUCAAGAACAGCAGAAAAUUUUGCCAAUGCUACUGGUGAACAAGGCUACCCUGGUGGCAAAUUCUUCGAUCCGUUCUGUUUGGCCGGGCAAGGGAAGACGCCUCUUGGUGCCCUUGGCCUGUAAUUUGCACAUUGAAGGUAAAGAAAAUGAAUGCUCGAGGUGA